AUGGCAACUACUUAUAUGGCAAAAAAAAAGUCUUGUACUUCAGACAGUUCGACUGGUCCAAGUUCGCCAAGUUCUAUAACUGCUCUUUCUUAUGUUAAUAAUGUUCAAAAUACAAACGGAUCUUCAAACACAAUGCAAAAUGGUAUAAUGCUCAACAAUGGAAAUACAUCUGUACCCCCUCAAACCAUAGUAAAUGGUCAGAAUUCUUCAGAAUCUCCUAGUCCUGGUAUUAAUAAUAAUAAUGCACCAAAGUAUGGAACACCAGUUCCAAACAGAAUAUUUGUAGGUGGAAUAUCUGCACAAACUACAGAAAGUGAAUUAGCCCAAUUGUUUAGUAGUUUUGGAACUGUUAAAGGUACAAAAAUAAUAUUCGAUAGAGCUGGAGUGUCAAAAGGUUAUGGUUUUGUCACAUUCGAAACUGAAAUGGAAGCUCGUAGAAUAAUGAGAGAAGCUCAAAGUGUAAUGUUUAAACAGAGAAAACUUAAUAUUGCUCCGGCAAUUAAAAAACAGCCCUUCUCCAGGUCUCUGGAAGUUCAGUCCCCUCCAAUAGGUAUUCCGUCUACAGUGAUGUAUGCUAACGGUUCACCAUAUGUGUUCCAUAAUGGAAUGGCAUUUUUUAGUCCCCCUGAACCUCCAUCUAAUUUUCAAGCUGCACCUUCAAAUCAAAUUCCUGCAGUUCCUGGAGCAGCAACAGUAUGUCCUGCAAUGAUGUAUCCGUGUCCUCCAGGACAACCUCUCUAUCAAUAUCCUUAUCAACCAGUUCCGAAUGGAAUGUUGGGGACCGGUGAUGUUCCAAUGUUACCAACUGUUCCAUAUACAUUACCGACAUUACCGGGAUAUCUUUUACUCGAUAGAAUUCAACCUUUUUAA